GACUCGUUAUGGUAAAAAGAAAAAAUGAUGAGCAGCGCGCAGUCGUCUGAGUUGAGCAGAGCAAUGGCAGCCAGCAUAGGACCCUCUUUAUCUUUCUCCUCCAUUACCAACAUAAACACUAGAGUUGCGGCAGUAGUUCUGGCAAAAAGAGUUGUUUCUUGGGUAUCUCCUUCGUUAUUUCGACCAUGCCAGCUUCGUCAUCGAAAAAUGCCGAUUUUUUCUGUUGUAGAUGGAGAAGAGUUGGUGGUAGAAGAGGUGCCGGUGGAGGAGGAGGAAGGUUUAGGUGACAACAGUCAGAGUUACAAAGACUACAACCGAAACGACAACGUUUCGACCCGAGAAUGGAAUAAUCGAUUGGGACCGUGCAAGUUGUAUGUGUGUAAUAUUCCUAGGAGCUGCGAUAUUCCAGACCUCAUGGAAAUGUUUAAGCCUUUUGGAACCAUUUUCUCUGUUGAGAUUUGUAGGAAUCUUGAAACGGGGUUAAGUAAGGGUUCUGGGUACGUCACAAUUGAAUCCAUUGAAGCUGCAAAAGCUGCCAUUGCUGCUCUGGAUGCCACUGAUGUUGGAGGAAGAGAGAUGCGAGUGAAAUUUUCGAUUCAUAUGAAUUCGAAGAGGAGGAAUCCAGAGUCACUGAACUCGGUUCCACUCGAGAAUAAAAUAUACGAAAGCCCUUACAAGGUCUAUGUUGGGAACCUUGCAUGGUCUGUUGGACCUGAGUAUUUGAGAGACCACUUUAGCCGGUUAGGGAAUGUGAAAAGUGCUCGAGUGUUGCGUGAUCGUAAAGGAGGCAAAAACAGAGUUUAUGGGUUUCUCUCCUUCUCUUCAGCUGCAGAAAGGGACGCAGCGCUGUCAUUAAAUGGAGAGGAGUUUCAUGGCCGGAAAAUGAUUGUAAGACAAGAGGAACAGAAGAAGAUUCACCCUUGAUUUAAGGUAUCGAAUGAAACAUAGUGAAGAAGAAAGAAAUGCAAGGCUUAACGUAGUCGUUUAUAUGUCUAGUCUAGCCUAGUCUACACGUUCGUCUCAAUCACAGUUUUGUAUUAGCUAAGACCAUAUUGAUGAGUUGUUGUAGUUGAAGCCUUUUGUAUAUUAACGCUUUAACCAAUAGUUUAUUAUGCGAGAAAGAAA